AUGUUCAGCAAACUAGCCUGGAUUAUUUUCCUAAUGCAGUCUGGUUUUAUAGAAGGGCAAUGGUGGUGGCAACGGCUGUGGGGCACCACACAAACAACUACUCCACCUGUAGCCACAGCUGUCAACACUAUCACUUCAAACAUAAGUGUGCCUAAGGGCUACGUAACAAAUGGAGUUUCACUGAGUCGGACUACAGUUAGCGCAAGGGCUCCUGCAGGAAGCAUCACUUCCACUGUAUCUUCAGGUGCCACUGGAGUUUCUUAUGAAUCUACUUUGCCAGGUGGAGAAGCAGUAACUAAUUUUUCCAGUGAAAAAGCUCUCUCAGAACUGGAGUUAAAGACAGGAAAGAAAAUAAGUCAGGGGAAACAAAAGAAAACAGAACGAGGAUCAAAGGGUCAUCUUGAUCUGACAGAGCUGAUAGGAGUUCCACUCCCUCUUUCUGUCUCCUUUAUCACUGGCUAUGGAGGGUUUCCAGCUUACAGUUUUGGACCAGAUGCUAACAUCGGCCGUUUGACAAGCACUUUAAUACCACAGACCUUCUAUAGUGAUUUUGCUAUCGUAGUUACAGUAAAACCAAACAGCGAUGAUGGAGGUGUACUAUUUGCAAUAACAGAUGCCUUUCAGAAAACUAUAUACUUGGGAAUGAGACUAUCGCCAGUUGAUGAUGGCACCCAGAGAAUAAUCAUGUACUACACAGAGCCUGGUUCCUACAUCUCCCGAGAGGCUGCUUCAUUUAAAGUUCCAGUGAUGACUAAUAAAUGGAAUCGAUUUACAGUGACUGUUCAGGGAAAUGACACUGUUCUGUUCAUGGAUUGUGAAGAAUAUAACAGAGUUCAAUUUCAGAGGUCAUCUCAGGCCUUGCAAUUUGAAUCCAGCUCUGGUAUAUUUGUUGGAAAUGCAGGAGCAGCAACAGGAUUGGAAAAAUUCACAGGGUCGAUUCAACAACUAAUGAUCAAACCUGACCCAAGGGCUACUGAAGACCAAUGUGAAGAUGAUGACCCAUAUGCAUCGGGAGAUUCUAGUGGCGCUGGUAGCAUUCAAGAGCAGGAAGGACUUCCUGAGACAGAAGAAGUCAUUGCAUCUUCUCAACGCCUACCCGAGGAAACAACAGCUGGACCUGUAGGAGCACCUCCAACUGUAUCAGCUCAAUCAGAAGAAAUGGAUUUCUCAGGACAUCAUAUAUUAGAUGAAACACCUGAACUACCUACAAUCAAAGAACAAGGUUCAACCAGUGCAGGAAAUGAUCAACAUGAAAGUGACGCCACUACGGUAGCCCAGGAAAUACUAAAACCACAAGCUGGUUCUGGUGCUAUUGUUUUGCAAGGAGUGAGCAGAGAAAAGGGUCAAAAAGGUGAGAGAGGUGAAAAGGGAGAGCAAGGGCCGCGAGGACCACCAGGACAGUCGGAACUAGAAGAAAUGCAGACAGGGAUUCAAGGACUCCCUGGGCCUCUAGGAAAACCUGGGCAAGAUGGUGAACCUGGCAUUCCUGGUAAAGAUGGAUUGCCAGGUGAAAGAGGUCUUCAGGGAUUGCCAGGGUUGAAGGGAGAGGAUGGCCUUAAAGGAGAAAAGGGUGAGCCUGGUGUGGGACUGCCAGGACCACGAGGACUUCCAGGCCCUCCCGGUCCAUCCGCUCCAUUCAGAGGACUUAGUAGAUUGGAACAUGAAGGAUCUGGGUCUGGUGACCUUGACAGAGACAAUGAGGUUUUAAGAGGUCUCCCUGGGCCACCAGGCCCUCCAGGAUUACCCGGAGCACCAGGAAAACCUGAUUCAAAUUCAGGACCCGCUGGAUCACCUGGGAAAGAUGGACCUUCUGGUGAGCCAGGCCCUCCAGGGCCCCAAGGACAUCCUGGACUUGAUGGAAUGGUUGGCCCUCCUGGAAAGAAAGGAGAAAAAGGUGAUCAAGGUCUUCCUGGUGCAGUUGGCCCAAAGGGAGAUGCUGGAGAUACUGGAUCACCAGGCCCAGAAGGCCAGGCAGGUGCUGAUGGGCAGCCUGGAAAGCCUGGACCUCAAGGACCACCUGGACCACCGGGGCCACCUGGCCCAGGCUAUGGGUUUGGAUUUGAGGACAUGGAAGGAUCAGGGAGCAUCAGUUUGUUGAGUGAACCCAGAAUUCCAGGAUCAAGAGGGCCAAAUGGUCCUGUUGGGGAGACUGGUCAGCGUGGGCCAAUGGGACCAAAGGGAGAAAAAGGGGAUACUGGUCCACCAGGUAUAGCAGGUUUAAAGGGUAAGCAAGGUGCAGAUGGAAAACCUGGAUUUCCCGGUGUUGCUGGACGUCCUGGAGAUGCAGGUCAAAAAGGGGACAAGGGUGACACAGGAUCGAAGGGUGAACCAGGACAGGAUGGUGCCAGUAUUGUUGGACCACCAGGGCCACCAGGACCACCAGGGCCAAUCAUAGCAGUACCACAGCUACUACUCAAUGAUACGGAUGGAAUUUCUAAUUUUACUGGAAUUAAAGGACUGCUUGGGCCUCCAGGGCCAGACGGCAGGCCCGGUCUACCAGGCUUUCCUGGCCCAAGGGGACCAAAAGGUGUCAUUGGACUGACUGGAUUACAAGGACCAAAAGGACAACAGGGUGAAAAGGGAGAACCCGGAUUUAUCAUAUCUGCAGAUGGAUCUCUAAGAGAACUAACAGGAAGACAAGGGCAGAAGGGUGAACAUGGGCCAAUGGGGCCACCAGGGCCUAUGGGACCAAUAGGACCUUCUGGACCUAAGGGAGAACUUGGUAUUCCUGGACGACCUGGCCGCCCAGGAUUGAAUGGACUGAAAGGUGUAAAAGGUGAACGGGGUGUAACAUUAUAUGGUCCUCCUGGCUUGCCUGGGCCCCCAGGGCCCCCUGGACCUCCAGGGGCUGUAAUUCACAUCAAAGGAAUGGAGAAACUGAGGCACAAGGUCACCCAACAGGCUAGUAGCAGAGUCAGGAAUAGAACCCAGGUUGGCACUGCUCAUCCUGGAAACCAAGAAGCUAACAUUUAUGCAGGUAUGAAAGGUGAACCAGGCUCCUGGGAACUGCAUGGCCCACCAGGCUUAAAAGGUGAAAAAGGAGAGAGAGGUUCACCUGGACUACCAGGUCCUCCUCUGCCUUCAGCAUAUUUCAGCCACUUUGUUAACAGCAUGAAGGGUGAGAAAGGAGACAAUGGCGAAACUGGCUUCAAAGGGGAAAAAGGAGAACCAAGUGGAGGGUUCUUUAUGCCAGGGCCUCCUGGACUCCCUGGAAGACCAGGACUAGUUGGGCCAAAGGGGGAUUCAAUUGUUGGGCCAAGAGGCCCCCCUGGGUUACCUGGCCUACCUGGAUCUCCAGGGUAUGGAAUAGUUGGACCUCCCGGCCCACCAGGCCCUCCUGGACCCCCAGGACCUCCAGCGAUAUAUGGCUCAGCAGCUGCAGUUCCAGGGCCACCAGGUCCUCCCGGGGAGCCAGGAUUACCAGGAACUAGGAACCUGGUUACAACAUUCAGAAAUAUUGAUGGAAUGUUGCAAAAGGUUCACUUAGUGGCAGAAGGUACAUUAAUCUACCUGAGUGAAAGUAGCGAGGUGUUUAUCCGUGUUCGAGGAGGAUGGAGAAGAUUGCAGCUUGGGGAAUUAAUUCCCAUCCCAGCUGAUAGCCCUCCACCUCCAGCAAUUUCAGGCUAUGGAUUUCAGUCUCUUCCAGCACUAAGACCAGUUUCAACUAUUAAUCAUGGAAAACCAACACUGCAUUUGGUGGCUUUGAACUUGCCACUUUCUGGUGCCAUGCGAGCUGAUUAUCAAUGCUUUCAACAAGCCCGAGCGGCCGGUUUAAUGUCAACAUACAGAGCUUUCCUAUCAUCCCAUUUGCAAGAUCUGUCUACAGUUGUGAGAAAAUCAGACAGAUACAAUCUACCAAUAGUUAACCUUAAGGGAGAAAUACUCUUCAACAACUGGGAGUCUGUGUUUACUGGCAGCGGGGGACAGUUCAACAUCCAGAGUCCAAUAUACUCCUUUGAUGGGAGAAAUGUCAUGACAGAUCCAUCUUGGCCACAUAAAAUCAUAUGGCAUGGUUCAACUGCAAAUGGGAUCCGGCUAGUUAGCAACUACUGUGAAGCUUGGCGGACAGCUGACAUGGCAGUUAUGGGACAAGCAUCACCACUGACAACUGGGAAACUUCUGGAUCAAAAGCCUUACAGCUGCAGCAAUAAGUUUAUUGUUCUGUGUAUUGAAAACAGUUUUGUAUCUGGUAUCCGAAGAAAAUAA